UUCUUUUCUUUAUGACUUACACCCCUCUCCCUUUGCCUCAUUCCUUCUCUUCUCUCUCUCUCUCUCUCUAUAUCUAUUUCUCAACAACAAGUUAUUACCUCUUUGCACUUCAAUUAUAUAGAAUAAGUGUUAGGAUUUAUUCCAUUAUCUUCCUAUAAUAGGGUGGUGUGGAAGAAAUAAAGAGCUUUGUUUUUAUGUUGAUAGAAUUGGAAAAUCCCAAUUAAAGAGAUCAUGACAUGGUGCAAUGACUCAGAUGAUCAAGAUAGGGGCAUUGAACUAAUAACAUCUACUGUUAUUCCUGGAACUAGCAAUGAAAGUACUCUUGUUACAGAUGAUGAAACAAAACCAACCGAAGUUCGAACCCUAACUUGCCCCUCAUGUGGCCAUAACAUUGAAUUUCAAGAUCAGGGUGGAAUCAAUGAACUGCCGGGUUUACCGGCAGGAGUGAAGUUUGAUCCGAAUGAUCAAGAGAUACUUCAGCAUUUGGAAGCAAAGGUUCUGUUUGAUGUGCCCAAACUUCAUCCUCUUAUUGAUGAGUUCAUACCAACACUUGAAGGAGAGAACGGAAUCUGUUAUACACAUCCAGAAAAGCUACCAGGUGUAAAAAAAGAUGGACAGAUCCGGCACUUCUUUCACAGGCCAUCUAAAGCAUACACAACAGGAACAAGGAAAAGAAGAAAGGUUCAAACUGAUGAAGAAGGAAGUGAAACAAGAUGGCACAAAACAGGGAAAACUAGACCAGUUUUUAUUGACGGUGUUAUGAAAGGUUUCAAGAAGAUACUAGUCCUCUACACCAACUAUGGAAGGCAAAAGAAGCCUGAGAAGACCAAUUGGGUGAUGCAUCAAUACCACCUUGGUAGUAAUGAAGAAGAGAAAGAUGGUGAAUUAGUUGUUUCAAAGGUGUUUUACCAAACACAACCUCGACAAUGUGGUGGUAAUAAUUCCAAUAUUAUCAAGGUUACUACUAGUUAUGAAAAUGAACUGAUGAUAAAUCAAGGAAAUGUCCAUGAUGAUAAUGAAGCUCCUCCUAUGGAAUACUACAAUCCUUUCAUAAAUUAUGACCAUGUUGGUCAUAAUUUGGGAAGCUCUGAAUCCCAAUUUAUUCCAAACUUGGUUAUGCAAGGUGAUGGCUCUUCCUUUAUUCGAUUGGCAAUGGAUGCAAACAAAGCUGGGUUGAGCAGAAAUUAGCUAUGUGAAAAACUUCUUCGUAGAUUAUUAAUGUAUAAUGGUGACAAUAUAGCUACAUAGAAGUUGAUGGUUUGUUAGUAUUAUUUAUUAUUAUUAGUAUUAUUUUUCCAAUAAUAUUAUUAUUAUUACUAUUAUUAUCAUGUAUAUUUAUUCUAUAAUUGUAGAAAAAAAAAUUGUAUAUUUAUUCUAUAUAUAUGGAUUUAUAUUAGAGAAAAUUGAGGAUCCAAAAACAUGUGGAAGAAUUGUUUACGUAUUAUUAGAAACUUUAGAUUUAGAGUUUCUCACGUUUAUAAA